AUGGCGAUCAGCGAAACCACUUUGAAAGACACAGUGCUUAUGUUGGUCGAACAGCAGAAUGCACGUGGUGGCCUGCUGGGUCGUCCACUGGAAGCGAUCGUUGUAGAUCCCGCUUCAGAUUGGCCUCGAUUUGCAGAGCAAUCAAGACUGCUGCUGGAACGUGAGAAGGUGGACGUUGUCUUCGGCUGUUGGACUUCUGUAUCGCGGAAAUCGGUGUUACCGGUUUUUGAAGAACUGAAUGGGCUGCUGUUUUACCCGGUACAGUAUGAAGGGGAAGAAUCGUCUAAAAACGUUUUCUAUACAGGCGCUGCUCCCAAUCAGCAGGCGAUACCGGCUGUAGACUACCUGAUGGCGCAAGGCGUGAAGCGUUGGGUACUUGCAGGUACUGAUUAUGUUUAUCCGCGCACAACCAACAAAAUUCUGGAGGCCUAUCUUAAAAAUAAUGGUGUUGCUGAAACAGAUAUCCGGGUGAGCUAUACGCCUUUUGGUCAUUCUGACUGGCAAACUAUUGUUUCUGACAUUAAGAGUUUCGGCUCGACCGGGCGCAAAACCGCUGUGGUCUCCACCAUUAAUGGCGAUGCGAAUGUGCCUUUCUAUAAAGAACUUUCAAAUCAGGGCGUGACCGCGUCUGAUAUUCCCGUCAUCGCUUUUUCGGUAGGUGAAGAGGAAUUGUCAGGUAUUGAUACCUCACCACUGGUUGGACACCUCGCUGCCUGGAACUAUUUUAUGAGUGUUGAAGCAGAUGCAAAUUUCGAUUUCAUCGAUGAGUGGUUGGAAUUUGUUGAAGAUGAAGAGCGUGUAACAAACGAUCCUAUGGAGGCGCACUACAUAGGGUUUAACAUGUGGGCGCAGGCCGUCACAAAGGCGGGCAGCACCGAUACUGAUGCGGUAGGUGAAGCUAUUGUAGGUGUAACAGUGCCAAAUCUCAGUGGUGGUUACGCCACGAUGAUGCCCAACCAUCACAUCACGAAACCUGUUUUCAUCGGCGAAAUUCAGAACGAUGGCCAAUUUCAGGUGGUGUGGCAGACACCCGGGUCAGUAGUGGGCGAUGCGUGGUCUGACUAUCUACCCGGAUCGAAAGAUCUCAUUUCCGAUUGGCGUGUAGUUGCCGAUCCGUUGAGUCAAACCGCGGUAGCGGCAGUCGCAGCCCUUGCGGAUGCAGAUGACCAGAAGCGCAUAGACGCAAUUCGAAUUCUGGUCAGUGCCGAACAGCGCCAGGCUGAUCUGGUGCUGGCAGCGCUGGAGGAAGGCAACCUUUAUCGUCGGCGGGCAGAUGAUCGAGUUGUGAUUGCCACCAGGGAUGGCCGCCAAUUCAAUCUGGUUGCUGCGGCCACCGGCGAAGUGCUGCCACCUGAAACCAGGCGUGGCGUGCGGCGUAUAGCUAUCAAUAAUGCUUUGCGUGCCGAACUGCGUGCGCUGCGUGCAUCUGCUCGACUCACUGCACCUGAGGCAGCGGUCAGGUUAGCGGCAGUGCAGGAAAUGAUAACAAACCCCACUCCUGGGAUACGUGACAAUCUGGUGCAGAGGCUUGCAGCAGAGUCUGAUGUGCGUGUUCGCUCUGCAUUGGCAACUGCGGUGGCCAUUGCCGACUUGCAGCGGGAUGAUCUGCAAACUCAAAUCGCGGCAGUGACAGAACUGGCUGGCAUUGUCGAACCUGAAGCGCGACGCGUCCUGCAGGAUAUUGUCGACGAUGACGCUACCCCGGCGGAUCUCAGACAGCAGGCUGAAAAAUCUAUUGCGGCCACCGACAAUAAACUGAAGCUCUUUUCCGGGGUGGAAAUUCUUUUUUUUGGCUUGAGCCUCGGCUCGGUUCUAGUACUUGCAGCCAUUGGCCUGGCGAUCACGUUUGGGGUUAUGGGCGUGAUCAACAUGGCCCACGGCGAGUUGAUUAUGCUGGGUGCAUAUACGACUUAUGCAAUGCAGGUGUUGAUGCCUGAUGCAAUCGGCUUUUCCCUGUUGCUCGCUAUUCCGGUUGCAUUCUGUUUAACCGCUCUUGUAGGUAUUGCGAUAGAACGAGGCGUGAUUCGGUUCAUGUAUGGGCGCCCACUCGAAACGCUGCUUGCGACUUUUGGCAUCAGUCUUAUUCUGCAGCAGACCGUUCGCUCAAUAUUCUCGCCCCUUAAUCGAACUGUGGUCACACCAGACUGGAUGUCGGGUUCGCUGGAAAUUACCGCAGGCUUGUCCCUCACGUACAGUCGACUCUAUAUCCUGCUGUUUUCAAUGUUGGUUUUUGCAGGCCUAUUACUGCUUCUUAAUCGGUCGCGGCUGGGGCUGGAAAUACGUGCAGUGGCGCAGAAUCGCAAAAUGGCGAAAGCCAUCGGUGUACGCGGUGAUUGGGUUGAUGCGAUGACAUUUGGGCUUGGCUCAGGGAUAGCGGGUGUUGCUGGCGUUGCACUUUCGCAACUCACUAAUGUCGGCCCUAACAUGGGGCAAGCCUAUAUCAUUGAUUCUUUUCUAGUGGUUGUUUUCGGUGGUGUCGGGAACCUCUGGGGCACUGCGGUGGCAGGAUUGUCACUGGGUGUGCUGAACAAAGUACUGGAACCAACCAUGGGUGCAGUUCUAGCUAAAGUGCUUGUGCUGGUACUGGUGAUAUUGUUUAUUCAGCGGCGUCCGCGAGAACGCGCCGCCGCAAUUCUGCUCUCCCUGCUGGGUCUGGUUGUCGUUCUUACACCCAUUUUUGCCUUGAUUCCCGAGGAAGGGUCGAGCUUUCAUUUGUCUGCCUACAGCGUGACGCUGAUCGGAAAAUUCCUGUGUUUUGCCCUGCUUGCUUUGUCCCUGGAUCUGGUUUGGGGUUAUUGCGGCAUCCUCAGUCUGGGUCAUGGCGCAUUUUUUGCGCUGGGCGGUUACGCCAUGGGCAUGCACUUAAUGCGGGAAAUUGGUGACCGUGGUGUGUACGGCAAUCCUGAGCUGCCAGAUUUUAUGAUAUUCCUGGAUUGGCAGGCGUUGCCCUGGUUCUGGUAUGGGUUUGACAGUCUGGUGUUUGCCCUACUUAUGGUUGUGUUUGUACCAGGUAUGCUGGCUUUUAUAUUUGGCUGGCUGGCGUUUCGCUCCCGGGUUACCGGCGUGUAUCUUUCGAUUAUCACGCAAGCGCUGACGUUUGCGUUGAUGCUGGCUUUUUUCCGCAACGAAAUGGGUUUUGGUGGCAACAAUGGCUUGACCGAUUUCAAGGAUAUAGCCGGGUUUGAUCUGCAGGAUAACAAUGUUCGAGUCGUCUUUACGCUGAUGUCAGCGCUCGCGCUUGCGGUGGGUUAUCUGCUGUGUCGCUGGAUUGUCAGUUCGAAGUUGGGCGCCGUUGUUAUUGCUAUCAGGGAUGCUGAAGAUCGCACGCGUUUUCUGGGCUAUAAAGUAGAGCGCUUCAAACUUUGGAUUUUUACCUUCUCCGCAAUCAUGGCGGGUAUAGCUGGCGCGCUUUACGUACCCCAGGUAGGCAUCAUCAAUCCCGGUGAGUUUGCGCCAAUCAACUCAAUUGAAUAUGCCAUCUGGGUAGCUGUGGGUGGCCGGGGUACGCUACACGGGGCAAUUCUCGGCGCAAUAUCGGUCAACUAUGCCAAGACAGUGUUUACUGCCGCGCUGCCUGAACUCUGGCUGUUUGCGCUUGGUGCUCUGUUUGUCCUCACCACCUUGUUUCUGCCCAAAGGACCAGACCUGAAACAUGGCGUAAUCCUUUAUCUGGAAGACGUCAGUGUAGCCUUUGACGGUUUCAAGGCUCUUGACCGUCUGAGCUUAACCAUUGAUGCGGGUGAGUUGCGUAGCGCGUUUUAUGGCCAGCGUCUGGAUCUUACAAAGAUGUCCGAGGCAGACAUAGCGCGCGCUGGUAUCGGGCGUAAGUUUCAGAAGCCGACGAUAUUUGAACAGAUGAGCGUGAUAGACAAUCUGCGUCUUGCCUUGCGUGACGAGCUCGAUGUGUGGGCGACGUUGUUUACACGAUUCAAGGACCAUGAAACAGAACGCUUAUAUGCGCUGUUGGAAACGGUAGGUUUAAAGCCAGAUGCACAUGUCAUUGCCGGCGGGCUUUCGCAUGGGCAGAAGCAAUGGCUGGAAAUAGGUAUGUUGCUGGCUCAGGAGCCGCAGCUGUUGCUGGUGGAUGAGCCUGUUGCCGGUAUGACAGAGCAGGAGACUGCCAGGACGGCGCAACUGCUUACAGACCUUGCCGGCGAUCGCUCAGUUGUUGUGGUUGAGCAUGACAUGGCGUUUGUCCGAUCGAUAGCGAAGAACGUCACGGGCCGCAUGAUUUUUCCACAGCUCACCGUUGCUGAAAACCUGGCGAUCGGAUUGCCAGCCAGCCAACCGCGGCAGCGCAGAGUACCGGAUUCGAUUUAUGAACUGUUCCCUGUGUUGCGCACUAUGGCUGGUCGGCGUGGAGGAGAUUUGUCCGGUGGUCAGCAGCAGCAGCUGGCGAUUGGCCGCGCUCUGGUCCUGAACCCUAAGGUGCUUAUUCUCGAUGAGCCCUGUGAAGGUAUCCAGCCGAAUGUUGUGGAUCAGAUUGGAGAGGUUAUUCUGUACCUGAACAAAACUAUGAAUCUGACAGUCCUGCUGGUGGAGCAGAAAUUGCCCUUUGCCCGGCGCGUAGCAGAUAAUUUUGCGAUUAUGGAUCGUGGUGCGAUUGCCGCAAAUGGGUCCAUGGAUGAUCUCAAUGAAGAUCUCAUUGCGACUGAAAGGGUAUGCGUCUUUGUCGACGUGCAAAAUGUCUAUUACACCUGCCGCGAGGUUUUUCAGCGCAACUUCGAUUACAACGCGUUCUGGGCGAGGAUCAGUGAAGGCUGUGAACUCACAGGUGCAAUCGCUUAUGCCACCGAUCGUGGUGAUGCAAAGCAGAUGCAGUUUCAGCAUAUCCUGCACAGCAUUGGAUUCACCGUGAAGCUGCGGCCGGUGUUGAAACGCUUAGACGGAACAACAAAAGCGGAUUGGGAUGUGGGUAUCACCCUGGAUGUUUACGAACAAGCCAGUGCAUGCGACAAAGUGGUGCUGGUUUCCGGCGACGGCGACUUUGAUGUAUUGCUCGAGAGAAUACGCAUAGCUUACGACCUGGAUCCAAUCAGUCCCUUUCCGCCGCCCGCUGAUUUUCUGAAAAUUUCUCCGUUGGGUAAAAUCCCCGCCAUGACCGACGGUGACCUGGCUAUCCCGGAUUCGUCAGCCAUCUGUGGUUAUAUCGAGAAAAAGCACCCGGAAAAUCCGCUGUAUCCCAGCGACCCUGCUGAUUAUGGUCGCGCGCUGUGGUUCGAAGAUUGGGCUGACAACGAACUGCCCAAAGCAACCGCUUCGCUGUUUUUCAAUCGUAUUGCAGUGAAAAUGAUGAAGCGGGAACCGGACGAAGCGGUCAUUCAGAAAAUACUGGAUGAUGUGCAGCCGCCAAUAUUCGACUACCUGGAGGCGCAGAUAGGCGAUAAAACCUACCUGGUUGGGGAUAGGUUCAGUAUCGCGGAUAUCGCGGUGACCUGUCAGUUUAUUCAGAUGUUGUAUGCCGGUGAGCAACUGCCUGGCAAAAAGUAUCCGAAUAUCACUCGGUACGUGACGGAACUUAUGCAUCGCAGUUCUUUCAAAGAUCUGGUGAACAGCGAUCCAUUUAUCAAAAUCUAG